CGUGUCCUUUGGGUCUGGACAUCGGUUGUGCAGAUAGUCAUGGAUCAGGUAAUGCAAUCUGUUGAGCGUAGUUGGCACUUUGUGAAGGACUCAAUUCAGCUUGUCAAAAGAUGUACCAAGCCAGAUAGAAAAGGAUUCCAGAAGACUGCUAUGGCAACAGCAAUAGGGUUUGCCAUAAUGGGAUUUAUUGGAUUUUUUGUUAAAUUGAUCCAUAUCCCUAUUAAUAACAUCAUUGUUGGUGGCUUAAUACUUCUGGAAGACAUUUACUGCUUCAAGCUUGAUGGACAAGUUUGGGGUUAG